AUGGGCUCUUUCUUGAAAUUCCGGCGCCUUCUGGUUUCUAUCUGGGAAUAUGUCAAUAGUAAGGCUAGAUCAAACACCAGCAGCCGACAAUAUCUGAAAAGCGAUCGAUCAAUCAUCAUGGAGCGUCAAUCGCCUUUUGGCUCCCCUGACGAUCGACCGGAUGUUGGGUGCCAUUUAAGAGAUCUCAUUGGAAGUCUCAAAAUGGUUGUCGGAAUCAUCGAGCAGCUGACUAGCGAAGAUGACGACAGCGACUUCGACGUUUCCAUGGAAAAGCCCAAGAGCCGUCGUCCUUCCAGAGCUGCCAAGGCAGUUGCUGCGCGCGUACAGCGCGAAGCCAAGGAGCUCUUCCAGUCCGCCUUUGACCAAGCUGUUGGUGUUGUUCACCCAUCUGGCUACAAAUCCAUAUACGAUAUCCCAGUAACUACAGAAGAGCGUGCUUUUCUUCGGAAGACCAAGGGCAAGCGCUCUGGGACGCCUAAGCAGAAUAACACGCUCCCCACUGCCUUGCCCAAGCCGAAGAAUGGCCAAAAAAUACUACAUGGAUUUUACGAUCGACUUGCUGACGUCCUGAAAAAGAUGAUGUACGUCUCUGGCGAAACUGCUGAGCCAUCUGUUGAAACCACAAGCAUGAUCGAAGACAUCGUUCGUCAGCAGGUCAUUGAGCUGCUCAGAAACUGCACCGACUUGGCGGCCCGUCGCGGCUCUCGGUCUAUCACCAUUAAUGAUCUCAUUUUCCAGAUCCGUCACGAUCAAGCCAAGGUCUCCCGUCUUCGCACAUUCUUGUCAUGGAAAGAUGUCAGAAAGAACGUGAAGGACUCGGACGACAAGGGAGGUGAGGCUGAUCUUGGUGCCGGCGAAGAUCCCGUUGGCGGAGUGGUUCCAGGAGGUCCAGUCGAUGAUGCUGCCAAGAAGAACAAAAAGGCCAAAGUCGGCCUUCCCUGGGAGCCCUCCUCGUUCUACAGUCAGGAGGUCCCUGAACGCGACGAUGAAGAGGACGAAGAAGAGGAGGAGAUGAACUUCAUCACUCUGCAGCGUCUCCGCAAGGCCGAUGAGCGUACCAAGGCCAUGACUAAGGAGGAGUACGUGACUUGGUCUGAGUAUCGUCAAGCGUCAUUCACGUACCGCAAGGGCAAGCGGUUCCGCGAGUGGGCCGGUUUCGGCAUUGUCACAGACAGCAAGCCUUCCGAUGAUAUUGUCGACAUCCUUGGCUUCUUGACUUUUGAGAUGGUUCAGACCCUUACCGAACACGCGCUCAAGGUCAAGGAGCAGGAGGACUUAUUUAAGGCAUUGAAUGGAGGUGAUAAUGCAGGCUCAAAAAAGCGCAAAGUAGCGACUGGUCUUUUCGAUCCCCCCAGCGAAGGUAGAAGCCCAAUUGAGCCGCGCCAUGUUCAAGAGGCCUUCAGACGCCUGCAGCAGCGCCCCAAGAAGACACGAGCCAUGCUCAAUGGCACGAGACUGCCUCAGCAUACCGCUCUUAACAUUUCCCCUGGUCCCCUAAUUUUCGACGAGCGCAACACCAUGGCACCUCCAGCAAAUGUCGUAACAAAGCUCAAGGUCCAGCUGAAGCUGGCCAUCGCACGCCUGCGCAUGGUUCAACAGCGCGAUGAUCAGAUGUCCAAGACUCAACGACGCGCAAUGGCGCAACUACUCGAGGUGGGCAAAAUCGAUUCAGCACGCAUCCGCGUUGAGAACAUCAUUCGAUCCGACAUUACGACCGAGCUGCAUGAGAUAUUGGAGCUGUACUGUGAGCUGUUGAUCGCACGUGCAGGACUACUCGAGGGCUCUACGUGCGACCCAGGCCUGGAAGAGGCGGUCAAGAGCAUCAUCUACGCGGCGCCCAAGACAGAGAUCAAGGAGCUGCAGGUCGUGCGGACGCUUCUGGGCGAGAAAUACGGCAAGGAGUUUGUAAUGACGGCCAUGGAGAACUCCGAUGGGAAGGUCUCGGAUAAGGUGGUAAAGAAGCUAAGUGUCACGCCGCCGAAAGAGGAGCUUGUUAUCGGUUAUUUGGAGGAGAUUGCCAAGGCGUACAACGUCGACUGGCCGAAGCGGCCCUUAGCGGAGGACCCUCCUGAGCUGCUGGAUGACGAUGAGGAUGAUAACCCGAGCGGUGGUAUCGGCGUAAGGAUACCUGGUGGUCCGCUAGGCACCCCCUCCAAAGCGGCCAAGGAACAGGAGGAGCUUAGCAAGGCGACACCGCCGAGGACAAUUGGGGGCCCUAGCAGCCCGUUGACUGUCACUCCACCAAGGAUGACGACGGAUAAUAUUCACCCAAAGGUGACACUCAAUUCUCUGGAGCUGAAGCCGAACAGCAAGAUGAAUGCGGCGGCACAGAAGAAGUCGGAUGGCAAGGGACCUGGGGGCAAUGUGCCUGAUAUUACUGAGUUGGAAAGAAGAUUUGCAGCUUUGAAGAGAUAA